AUGAGCGCAUCAGCAGCCCCACCUGCACCAACAUCAACAACAGAUGCCUUGAAAAAGAGAACCCCAUCGGACUUCAUUGUCGGCUCUAUUGGAAGUCCCGUCAUGGUAAAGCUGUCUUCCGGCGUCGAUUACAGAGGAAUAUUGUCGUGUCUGGAUGGAUACAUGAACAUUGCACUGGAACAAACUGAAGAAUGGGUCGAUGGAAAACUGAAGAACAAGUAUGGCGAUUGCUUCAUAAGAGGCAAUAAUGACUUGGCAAAAAAAGUCGGCGCACCAACAUAUGAUGUAGUUGGUAUCUUUGGUAUCUUGAAAGUAGUUGCAUACGGCGGUAGAAGAGGUGCACUACAACGAUGGAAGACUCUUCCACUCAAACUACUAGUAGGUGUACGGACACCACCACAGACUCUUCAACAUUGCUAA